AUGGGCCCCGGACUGAUCCUGCUAGAGAUGCUGGUGGGGCUGGCGUGGACUUCCCAAACAGAGAGGAGGCUCAAGGCACCCGCCGCCCAUUUCCUUAUGCAGGAGAAGUACGAGUGCCACUUUCUGCCCGACGGGGCAGCCCCAAGGGGCGAGGUCUGGUUCCUCUUCCGCCACUUCUGGGACCGGCAGGAGGUGCUGCGCUUCGAUAGCCGCCAGGGGUACUUCCAGGCCCUCUCCCCGCUGACCGAGCCCGAGGCCCGGGGCUGGAACCGCGACCCACAGACCCUGCGCUACUACCGGGCCGCCCAGGAGCGCUUCUGCGGCCACAACUACGGUGCCGCCCGGGAAGCCCAGGUGCUGGGCAGGACAGUUGAGCCCCUGGUGAAGAUCUCCCCCACUAAGGGAGACCCCCUGGCCCACCACACCCUCCUGAUCUGCACCGCGGCAGGAUAUUAUCCCCCCGGGAUUGACAUCAAGUGGCUGAAGAACGGGCAGGAGCAGACACAGGGGGUGGGAUAUGAUGAUGAGAUCCAGAACGCAGACUGGACCUACCAGUACCAGGUGAUGCUGGAGACGGUGCCUCAGCGGGGAGACGUCUACGCCUGCCAGGUGGAGCACAAAAGUGUGAAGGAACCCAUCUCCGUGCAGUGGGAGCCACAGACGUCGGACUCUGCCAAGAGCAAGGUGUGGACGGGGGCCGUGGGGGCCGUCCUGGGGCUUGUCUUUGUGGCCGUGGGGCUUUAUCUGUACCUGAAGAGCAGGAAAGGGCUCCUCAGUUAA